UCGGAGCAGCGCCCGGCUGGGUGGGAAGCGGUGUCAGCUCGCCUCGGCCGCCGCUUUCCUCCGCCCUCGCUCGGCUGCUGACGGGCUGCUCCGCUUGGGAUCUGCCCGGGGCUGGGGGGCCUCGCCUUUGCACGCCCGGAUCCGUCCACCAUGCCCGAGGUUAGAGAGCUCACCGAUGCUUUGGCCAAUGUGCCUAUGGACCCCAUCACCGGCGUUGGCGUCGUCGCCUCCCGGAGCCGAGCCCCGACCAAUUACGACGUGGUCGCACAAACAGCAGAUGGCUUAGAUGCUGAUCUUUGGAAAGAUGGCUUGUUCAAAUCCAAGGUCACACGAUAUUUGUGUUUCACGCGGACUUUCUCCAAAGAGAAUAGUCACUUAGGUAAUGUCUUGGUUGACAUGAAACUCAUAGACGUAAAAGAUACGUUGCCCGUGGGCUUCAUCCCAAUUCAAGAAACUAUGGAUACACAAGAAACUGCUUUUCGGAAAAAGAGGUUGUGCAUUAAAUUUAUCCCCCGGGAUUCCACGGAAGCCGCCAUUUGUGAUAUCCGGAUCCUGGGCCGAGGCAAACAAACCCUUCCACAGUAUACAUACAUAGGGGAAUUGAACAACAUGGGGAUCUGGUAUCGGAUGGGGAAGGUUCCUCGAAACCAUGAAUCAUCUCAGCCUACCACACCUUCUCCACAAACACCAGCCACGACACCAGCUGCCAACCUUCCCAGACAUAUAUCGUUGACGCUUCCUGCCAGUUUCCGAGGGAAAGGGCACGGCACUCGUCCAGAUUUUGAGUACCAGCACUCUAAUUUAUAUGCCAUUUCAGCAAUGGAAGGUGUGCCUUUUAUGAUCUCAGAGAAGUUUGCCUGUGCUUCAGAAGGGAUGCAGCCGGUAGACCUCCUGGGAAUCACGAUCAAAUCUCUGGCUGAAAUUGAAAAAGAGUAUGACUACAGCUUCCGGACAGAGCAGAGUGCUGCGGCCAGACUGCCUCCCAGCCCCACCAGAUGCCAGCAGUAUCCCCCUUCCUGAAAUCUCUCAACUCCUUGGAGUGAAAAUGCACACGUACUACUGAGCAGCGAAAGGAUUUUCUUCCUCCUCCUCUUCCUCGCUUUGUAACCUUCCCUCCCCCACCAACCCUUCCCAUCCCUGACGAGCAGUAUUAACGGAGGCCCUUCCAGGAAAAGACACAGGAAGCCUCAAUUUUUGUCUCUCCCCCAUCCUCCUUUAUACAAAACAACUGGAUAGCAUU